AUGGUCCUGGAGCUCUACAUGGAUCUUCUGUCAGCAUCCUGCCGCGCUGUCUACAUCUUUGCCAAGAAGAAUGGCAUAGCCUUUGACUUCCAGUUUGUAGAUCUGCUGAAAGGUCAUCACCAUAGCAAGGAAUACAUUGAGAUCAACCCCCUGAGGAAGCUGCCCAGCCUCAAAGAUGGAAAAUUUAUCUUAUCUGAAAGUGUGGCCAUCCUUUUUUACCUGUGCCGAAGGUACAGCACACCCUCCCACUGGUACCCACCAGACCUGCACUCACGGGCCCGUGUGGAUGAGUUCAUGGCCUGGCAGCACACGGCCAUUCAGCUGCCCAUGAGCAAGAUACUCUGGAUCAAGUUGCUGAUCCCAAUGAUCACAGGUGAGGAAGUUUCAGCUGAUAAGACAGAACAGGUGCUGGAAGAAGUGAAGCAAAACAUGCAGUUCUUCGAGGAGAAGUUUCUACAGGACAAGCUGUUCAUCACUGGGGACCACAUCUCACUGGCUGACUUGGUAGCUCUAAUGGAGAUGAUGCAGCCCAUGGGGACCAAUUAUAAUGUUUUCCUCAGCUCCAAGCUGGCUGAGUGGCGCAUGAGAGUAGAGCUGGCAAUUGGCUCUGGCCUCUUCUGGGAUGCCCAUGACCGGCUGUCAAAGUUGGCAGAAUGGGACUGUUCAACAUUGGAUCCACUUGUCAAAGACAGAAUUUCUGACUUUGUGAAGAAGUCCAAGUGA